AGGACUACCAAACACUUUUUCCAAACCCUUCUUCCUUUCAAGAUUCUCGGUAGAUUUUCAUCACAUUCUCCCCCAAUCUCUCUUUGCUUCCUGUACUCUGACAAAAUUCCCAGCACUCUUGCCCCUAUUUUCUCACCAACCAAACAGGGUUUGCAACUGAGUAGUUUGAAAACAGUGGAAAAGUGAGCUGCGGAAAACUAUAAGCCUACCCCUUGUAGUCUUCCAUCUCAUUAAAUUUUCUCAGCAUCCAAACACAGGUGGAGGGUGAGAGAAUCGUGCGACAGGAAUGGCAAACAUAGAUAUAGAGGGGAUCUUGAAGGAAUUGCCCAAUGAUGGCCGUAUUCCCAAGACGAAGAUUGUGUGCACUCUGGGGCCUGCUUCUCGCUCUGUUCCCAUGCUGGAGAAGCUUCUUAGGGCUGGGAUGAAUGUUGCCAGGUUCAAUUUCUCGCAUGGCACACAUGACUAUCAUCAGGAGACAUUGGACAAUCUCAGGAUUGCUAUGCAGAACACUCAGAUCCUCUGCGCUGUGAUGCUUGAUACCAAGGGACCUGAGAUUCGAACUGGUUUUCUAAAGGAUGCAAAGCCUAUCCAACUUAAGGAAGGUGAGGAAAUCACCAUUACUACUGAUUACAACAUCAAGGGGGAUGAGAAGAUGAUCUCCAUGAGCUACAAAAAACUGCCUGUGGACUUGAAGCCUGGAAACACCAUCCUGUGUGCAGAUGGCACCAUCACUCUCACUGUCUUGUCUUGUGAUCUGGGUGCUGGAACGGUAAGAUGCCGUUGCGAGAACACUGCAACUCUAGGUGAGAGAAAGAAUGUCAAUCUUCCUGGUGUGGUGGUGGAUCUUCCCACACUAACAGAGAAGGACAAGGAAGACAUUCUGGGAUGGGGUGUUCCCAACAAUAUUGACAUGAUUGCCCUUUCAUUUGUACGCAAGGGCUCAGAUCUUGUUAAUGUCCGAAAGGUGCUCGGGUCUCAUGCCAAGCGUAUACAGUUAAUGUCAAAGGUGGAGAACCAGGAGGGUGUUAUCAACUUUGAUGAAAUACUGCGUGAGACCGAUUCAUUUAUGGUUGCCCGUGGUGAUCUUGGAAUGGAGAUCCCAGUGGAGAAGAUCUUCCUGGCACAAAAAAUGAUGAUAUACAAGUGCAAUCUUGUAGGAAAGCCUGUGGUCACUGCUACUCAGAUGCUUGAAUCCAUGAUCAAGUCUCCCCGUCCAACCCGUGCUGAAGCAACGGAUGUAGCUAAUGCAGUUCUUGAUGGGACUGACUGUGUGAUGCUGAGUGGAGAGAGUGCAGCAGGAGCCUAUCCAGAGAUUGCUGUGAAGAUCAUGGCCCGAAUCUGUAUCGAGGCAGAAUCCUCACUGGACUAUGCAGCUAUCUUCAAGGAGAUGAUUCGGUCAACCCCACUUCCAAUGAGCCCAUUGGAGAGCCUUGCAUCAUCAGCUGUUGGAACCGCCAACAAGGCCAAAGCAAAACUGAUUGUCGUGAUGACGCGUGGUGGGACCACAGCCAAGUUGGUGGCCAAGUACAGGCCAGCCGUGCCCAUCCUCUCAGUGGUCGUCCCACUCUUAACAACAGAUUCCUUCGACUGGACCUGCAGCGAUGAGGCCCCAGCAAGGCAUAGCCUGAUAUACAGGGGCUUAAUCCCGAUACUGGCAGAAGGGUCUGCAAAGGCGACAGACGCGGAAUCCACGGAGGUGAUCCUGGAAGCUGCCCUGAAGUCGGCAACAGGGAAGGGGCUCUGCAAGCCUGGAGAUGCAGUUGUGGUACUUCACCGCAUUGGGGUUGCCUCUGUUAUCAAGAUCUGCAUAGUGAAAUGACGAACAAACGCUAGGGAAUACCACGAGUGGUGGCCUGAUGGAUUCGGAAGGGCAUUGGGACCAAGUUGAAGCUAUCUUGUUUUUGGUUUCUUAGUCAUACGUACUCAGCUAGUUUUCAUUGUGGUAUUGAGCUAUGUUGCAGGGUAAUUUGAGGUUGUGUUUCAUGCUCCAUUGGUAAUCCUUGGGCCAAUGGAAUGGAAUAUAGCUGUGUUAAGAGGAUUAUUUCAGGUUCUCCACUGGUAAUCCUUGGCCUAAUGUAGGGCUUUAGAGAUAAAAUAAGAACCAGUUACCCCUGUUACAACUCAUUCACAAAACCAGAGUGUUGUGAUGAAGUUAUAUUUACUUCCUGUUUUGAGUAAAAUUUAUCUGUUUUAGCAUUA